AUGUCAUUAAACAACAUUACAAGUACCAAUGUAAUUCCAUCGACGUCAGAUAAUUUAAAUAUCAUUUUUAGUCUAAUAACGAGAAAUUUUUUAUAUUAUCUUCCAAUUAUAUUUUUGAUUCUUGGUACCAUUGGAUGCAUUGGUAAUACGGUAAUAUUUCUUCAACCUACACUUCGUUCAAAUACAUUCUGUAUUUAUUCAUUAUGUGGCUCAUUUGUUGAUCUUGUUAAUCUUUCUCUUAAUAUAAUUAUGAGUUAUUUUACUUCUAAUCUCCAAAUACAAUAUUAUCAGUUAAAUUCUUCGCUCGGAUGCAAAUUUCUUUGCCAUACAUUAGUAUUUUUACCGCAAUUAUCAAUAAAUUUAACUGUCCUAUCACUUAUUGAUCGAUUUGCUUGUACAUGCAGUUUAACAUCAUCUAUACGUCGUCUUAAUCAAAUAAAAAUGGCUCCAUAUUGGAUUCUUAUUACUUUUAUUAUUAGUUAUAUUAUUCCAAUUCAUGUCCUCAUUAUAAAUAAUAUUAUACCUGGUCGAGGUUGUGCAUCAACACAAUCAGUAAUUUAUGCGAUAUUAUCUAUUAUUAUUACUGGCCUUAUGCAACCAUCGAUCAUGUUAAUAUUUGUUUUAUUAACUUAUAGAAAUGUGCGAAUGAGUCGUCAACGUGUGGGUCUUGUUAUAAUAGCAAAUUCUGCUCAUAGACGAUAUCAAUUUGUUCGUACCGCUUCAUUUCAGAUAUUAGGAACAGCUUGUCUGUCAUUACCAUCAACUAUUAUGUACGGAUUUUCUAUAAUAAGUCCAUCUUCUAAUCGAACUGCAGAACAAAAUACAAUAUUUUAUUUCAUCUACAAUGAAUAUCCGAUUUUAUUAACAAACAUUCCAGCAAUGAACAAUGGAACUACAAGACGAAUCAAGUCUCAAAUACGAUGA